GCACGGCUGUGCGGAACCAACGUCACAGCGCACAAACAAACCCGUAUAUAAAUAUCUAUAAAUCUAGCACUAGUCGUUCUUUAUCCUUUUCAUUUUUUAUUUAUUAUUCAUCAGAAGAAGAAGAAAAAAAGCCGCCCAGGAAAGGAAGCGCGUGUGGGCGUCGCACAAAGCAUCGCUCUUUCGCUCUCUCACACCUACAGCUUCACCUUUGUUGCUUGCUAUUAUUAUUAUUAUUAUUAUUUCUUCUGCACACCAACAUACUCCUCUCGCAAGCCACUACAGCAGCGAUCCGAUUGAGAAAGGAGCCUCGUGCGGUGGGGUGGACAGACCAUGCCAGCCAGUGAGGCACAACGCAGCGGCCCCGGCAGCACCGACACCGCCGUGGCGCGGGACGCGAUGUGCACCCGCAUUCGAAAGCUCGGGAAUGAUAUUUUGGCCAUCACGCGCGCCGCCGUGCAGCGGGUCGAGGAGCUGGAUGCGGAAUACGCACAGGAAAUUGAACGGAAGCAGCAACGACAGCAGAUGACGCGGCUGAGUCCGCGGCCGAGCGUGAACGUCAAAGCCAACCGCUCCUCCAAGUCGGUUCCGCAAGGUCUGGCGUCGCGAGCGCAGCCACGGCCGUCGCUCCCCGCACGGCCUGGACUCGGCAGAAGAAGCGUGACUGGCGUGUCGUCGGCGCCGCCGCCAGACGCCGGGUCGGCGGCCGUGAACGGAGCCGGCAGCCCCGUAAAAGGGCCAGCAGCUGUACCAGCCGGAGCGGCCGGAAAGAAGAAGCGCCGGUCCCGCGCGCCGCCCACACCCGUGUUAAAGGCGGCACCGGCAGCCAACGACCGUGCGAGCAGCGCACCAGCACCGCCGCCACCACCAGAACCGCAGCAAGACAGCGCAGGAGGUCUCAGCAAUGGCGCAGCCGCUGCGACGACACACGGUGAGGCGCCAAAGAAUGCCAGCAACGGCGGUGCUGCUCCAUUACUUAACAGUCCCCAAGUGAUGAAAGGCGCUUCCAACAGCCGCCACGUUGACGAUGACAAGUCGGACGCAAGCGAGCGCGCUGUCGGGGUCGAUGUGCUGCAGGCCGCAGAUGACAGCUACCAACGCCUGCUCGCCAACUCGCCAACGCGACUCGGCCGCAGUGAUGAGGGACUCUACCACGCCACGCUCUACGACCUGAGCAACGCCGCCUCCGUCGACAACAGCGCGUCCGCUAAUCGAAAGGGAGCUGUGAACACUGCCGCCGCCCCCGCCACCGUCGCGGCAGCGGCAGAUGGUCACGUAGCGUACGCGGAAGGUGUUUCACGAGGCAUUGGUCACUCGCCGAUCGAUCGCCCCUACGUGGAGUCCUUCGAGCUGCCUGAAAGCACGCCGUACGAGCUGGCGGCCGUCUCUCCAACCGGGGCAGACGGCGCUCCUCAUUCCGCGAGUUACUACUGCGUGGUGUACAUCCAUCAGUCCCUCCGCGCGCGCGUUGGGUCGUCGCGGGGCAGCGGGUACAGCAGCAGCCGCAGCGGGGCUUUGCGCCGUCGCCUGACGCCGCAGCUUGUCUCGCCGGCGAGCGUCUCACCGUGUGCGACCGACAAGGAGGAGGAGGAGGAGCCGAGGAUGAUCAACUCCUACGUGAGUGCCAUGUACGCCGUCGCUGACAACGACGGAGAGGCAGGCGGGCGUCAGCGCAGCGGACGGGAAGCUCAACACAGCCUGGCAAGCGAAACGAACCCGUUGGCGGCGGCGGCGGCGGCGGGUACCGCAGCAGGACGUUGCUCAGCAAAUCUGGCGCCGGUAAUUCAGAUUGAACUGCGCCUGCCGACCCACCGCUCGAUCAGCAGCGUGAACGCGUCACCCGUGUCGACGCCGUUGUCUACCGCGUUUCGCUUCCCACCAGCGGGAGAGCUCGCCAGCGAGAAGGCCGAAGCGGGGGACGGGCAGCGCGGUAGUCCGGGGCGGGCGGGGCACUCGAGGUCGCCGGCAGACGCGACGACUGCCACCACCGCCGGUGAUGCGACGGGCACCAACAACAACGAGGAGGAGGUGGUGGCGGCGCAGAUUGAGACGAUGGAGGGAUGGCGCCGAGACCGUCGCACCAGCGUGGAGCAGCGCAUUCGGAAACGGCGAACAUCGACUUUUGUAUCGCAGGGGUGGCGGGGGGAGUACUACUAUUACGCGCCGUCUGCGUCGCGGGCACCAGUUGGGCACGUACUGUCUCCCUCAACACCAGGAGCAGGAGCAGCAGCAGCAACGAGCGAGGGACUUUCAAAUUCAAGGGGUGUUUCCCCAAGCAGCAACCACACCGACCCGUUGUUCGGCGGCGCGACGCGUGCCAGGCCAGUGGCGGGUGACGUUGACGACGAUCUCCACUCCACUCCGCUGCAGCAACCACCACUACACCCCUGCAAGACCAACCGAUUCGACGAGAGCCGCUCCCCUGUUCUGUACGCUACCUCGGCGGGGGAUAUGGCGGUGACAGGGACACCCGGGUCGUACGCGACGCCGCUGCGGCCUCCGUUCCCGCUGUCCCCGCUCUCCCCCUCCGACUCACGGCGGUCCGUCACGCGGGCUGGUUCGCCGAGCGCCGUCGGUGCCGCAGGGGCGGCGGCAACCACCACCACGCCAGCCACCGCGUAUAACGUUCUCUUUCGGACCCGCUCGUCCUCCGCCUCCACCUCCACCUCCUCCAUGCCCCGCAGCCCGCGCGAGGGCACCGCACCGGGGGGAGAGCAAGACGACGUCGUUGCUGCCGUGGCGGGCGGCGGCGACGAUGCAAAAGAAGACCAAGACGCGCGGCGGAAGUACUCGAGCCCAACGCGCGCAUCGGACGCAGCGGCCGGGGAUGCGAUGACGUCACCGUCCUCCUCCUCUCGCAAGUGGUCGGCCCCACUGCAGCAGCAGCAGCAGCGGCGGCGACCGGGCAGCGGCUCUGCGGGGGCGUCCCGCCGUCGUCGUUACCCGCGGAUGGAGGUGGUGAUCGCGAGUGACUACAACGCGAUGGAGUGGGCCUUUGCCGGUGCGGCGCGGCGAAUUUCGGCGAUGUCAGAGGAGGUCGUCGAGGAGGAGGAGGAGGAGCCUGCGGUCGCGGAGAAGAGUGCGGCUUUUGCCCAUAAUGCGGCGGCGGCGACCGCGGCGCCAUCGACACCGCUGUGGACGGCGUAUCAACGACGAGAGCUGGCGGAGGAGGAGCACCGCGGCUGGGAUGCACCGACACGUCAGCCGCACAGCGCCGACAUCCAUGCGCCGAUUGUGUUGAAGCUGUCCAUGUAG